AUGCCAUUACAAGAAUUUAGUAUUGUUGAUUAUUGGGGUCCUGUUGUUGUUGCAAUUAUCUUUGCAGUAAUCCUAUUUUUACUUAGUUUUUUUAUUAUAAAUUGGUUCUGUAUCACCAAAAGAGAUGAUUUCACUGUAUUUGAAAAGUUGGGAAAAAAUUAUGAUAUGAAAUUAGGCCCACAUGAUAUGGUUGACAUUCGUCGUGGAGGAUAUGCACCCCCCAAAGAAAAGACAAAAGAGGAAAUUAAAGAAAGUCUUAUAAAUAUUCCUCAGGAGUAUUAG